AUGCCUCCGCGCAAAAGCGACGCCAGCCGUAGGAGCGACGUCUCCACCGCCCGAUUCGCCGUAAUGGACGAGGACCCGGCCACCACCCCGACCACGGGACCGACUCCCGCUGCUCCCGCAACUCCCGCCGCCGCCGCUUCCACCGCUCCUGUCUCUGCGGCGCCCUCCAGUGCCGCUGCCGGAGCGAAGUCGACACCCGAGUCAGCCAAGGUGUCUUCAUCAACACCUCUCACGAUGACGACGGUCUUGAACGCUGGAUCUGACAAGAAGGACUCUGAGAAGGCACCGAAGGAGAAGGCUGACAAGGAUUCUCUGACCAUUGAAGACCUUAACUUACCCAAGUCCAUCAUCACAAGACUGGCCAAGGGUGUGCUACCUCCACAAUCUCAGAUCCAGGCCAAUGCUGUCUUGGCAAUGAGCAAGAGCGCCACAGUCUUCAUCAACUACCUUGCAGCACACGCUAAUCAAAAUACUGUCAAUGCCAACAAAAAGACGGUUAGUGCUGAAGAUGUGUUCAAAGCUCUUGAAGACAUUGAGUUUGGGUUUCUGCGAGAGCCUUUGGAGCAGGAGUUUGCGAAAUUCAACCAGAUACAAUCUGCGAAGCGCUCCUCAUACCGCCAAAAGGUCGCUGCCAAGAAGGGCGGCGCAGCAGCAGGCGCUGCGGCAGGAGUCGCUGGGGCUGCAGCCGCCGCCGCAUCUGCAGAUGAUAGCAUCAUCAGCACUGCUUCUGCCGACGGUGACGCCCCUAGGGCGAAGAAGGCCCGCGUUGACGAGUCUUCCAUGACCGUCGACGAGGCUGACGACGCCGAGACGGAGCCCGAAGAGGAGGCCAACGAGGACGAAGACGAAGACGAAGACGAGGAAGCAGAGGAAGAAGAAGACGAGGACGAGGAUGAGGGUGAAGGCAGCGGCGAGGAGACGCAAGACGCUUUGGAGGAGAAGGAGGAGGGCGAUGAGGAGGAUGUCGACGAGGCGAUUGACGGCGACGAGAGUGAUUACCAGCUGGAGCUGCAUACGGUAUUGGCGAAGCAUGCGGAGUACGUGGGCGAUGGCGUCCGCACGUUCAUAUAG